CCUCGGCGGGAAACUUCCAACUGUUUGUUCGCGCGAAAUUUUAAAAAUAUUUUUCCUCCGGCCGUAGAGACAGUGAUAUUUCAUGAUUUUGUUUUUAUUUUUAAAAAGAGGGUGAAAACAGGGAAAGAUGUUUCAUUACUGCUUUUGAACAUAAAUAUUUAAGGGGAAGGUGAAACAUAUGGUUGUCCAACAAUAUAUCGAUUAAUUCCUGGAUUUCGGGCGAAAAACUCGGUGCGCCUGAUUUUUGACCGGGUUUUAAAAUGUCGGUGGCCGUGCAGCUGGCCGGUUAUUCGCCCAGUUUUAAGAAGCCGUCGGAGACGCUGAGGCUGAGGAAGAAGCGCGCUCGCAGCUCUCCGCGGCUCGGCGUCCCCUCGGAUCCCCCGACCCCGGCCGGCAAAGAGGAGCCGAGACCCUGCGGCAAGCGGCAGAGGAGGGGGAGGAACCCGUUCGUCAACAUCGGCAACACCGAGAGCCGUCCGGGGGCGGGGGCCGGGGCCGGGACCAGCUGGCCUGAGCAGUCCGACAACCCGCUCCACCGCUCACUCUCCGCCCAGGAGUGGAAAGCCCCAGCCUCCGCCGGCAGAACUGAACCGGCAAGUAAACGGGAUGCACAGGUGUCCCCUAUAAAAGAUGAAGAUUCCGUGUGGGAAAGUGAAGAAUUAAUUUCUCAAGAACAGUCAGCACCUGAACUCAUUAAGAACCCGCAAAAUUCUGAUGCAUUUUCUGAACACACAUCUUUGCCUAAAGAGUUUCCUGCAGACUGGAGUGUCAAGACAUGGGUACUUUUCAAGUCUCCUCACCCUUUUACUUGGACAGGUCAUCUCAAAGCAUCAGAGGAAGCCAAAGGGUUAAUACAACACUGUCGUUCCUCAGUGAUUGAUUUCCCACUGCAUAUAGAGGACCCAAGGUCAUGCACAGAUUUACGCUGUGCAUUCCAACAGAGUCUUGUAUACUGGCUUCACCCCUCACUGCCAUGGCUAUCACUUUUUCCCCGAAUAGGAGCAGAACGGAAAAUGGCAGGCAAGAACAGUCCAUGGUCACAAGAUGAGGAACUCCAACAAGUGCUGAUGAGUGAAUGGUCGCUCAGCUUUAGUUCAUUAUACAAUUUACUACGAGCCAAACUUUGCCCCUAUUUCUACUUCUGCACAUAUCAAUUCACAGUGCUGUUCCGGGCACCGGGAAUAGCAGGAAGUGGUGUGCUUACAGCUGUUAUUUCACCUACAACAAGGGGUCUUAGAGAAGCUAUGAAAAAUGAAGGAAUCAUAUUUUCCUUGCCCUUGCUGGAAGAUAGUAAAAAUGGGAAAAAAGAAAAAAGUGAAAUUGCAGAUGUGGGAAAAGACACUCUAGGCCUUGAAACACAGGAGGAAAACUCCGAUGUUCUCCAAGAACCAGUUGGUAGUAGUGAUGAUGACGAUGAUGGAGGGAUGUCCUGGCUUAAAGAGAUGGGAGUGCAGGACAAAAUUAAGAAGCCUGAUUCUGUGUCCAUUAAACUUCGUAAGGAGCACAAUGUACUACGAAUGGAUCACAAGCCUGAAUCAGCUGUGCUAGUGAAAGGCCUUCAUACAUUCACUUUACUAAACUUCCUGAUAAACAACAAGAGUAUUGUAGCUGGAUCUGGGCCCCAGGCAGGGCUUCCACCUACUCUUUUGGCACCUGUUGCAUUCAGAGGAGCCACCAUGCAAACAUUGAAGGCCCGAAGCAUUAAUGUAAGGUCACAGAAUCACUCUGGAAUGAUGGACUCCCACAGCCUUGAAAUCACUGGUCCUAUCAUGCCUCACUCACUGCAUUCUUUGACACUGAUGCUGAAGUCGGCACAGAAAGGAAGAUUCACAGCCAGCCUUCUUGCACAUGAACCAACUUCUGUUUUAAAUGUAGCCCUUAAAAUGGAGCAACAUGAAAACAAGGACCUAUCUUCAGAUGAAUUACGCAAUAGUGGUCUACAUCCUGAAACACUGAAUCAACUGAUGCAGAAGCCAACAUUUGGAAAAUCCUCUUUGAAGCAUCUAGAAAUGAACGACUACAGAUAUAGCUGGAAACUGUAAACUCUGCCAGCAAUUUUAAUGGUAGCCGUGAUUGGUCUGUCACUAGAUGCUUUUAUUCUGUGUUAAGCAGUAUACAAUUGCAAGUCUUACGUACAGAUGAGUUUUAUCUGUGAAAGCCAACUAAAGCAAUGAGGGACCAACAAACAGUAUUGAGUGACCACAUUCUUGGCCUGUCCUUAAUGUAGUAUUUUACAUUUAAAUUGGCUACAUUAUAAUGAGUUUAUUUUGAAAUGCAUUUAUUAAAUGCUUUCAUAUUUUUAAUAUUAUGUUUGUCUCAAACUGAUAGUUGAAAUGCCUCCUUUGAUUUUAAUUGAAAAGGCACCACAUGAGAUCUGUCCUGUCAGAUCUCAGUCCAGUAGACUAACUAACUGUACUCUUUGGAAAAGGUGUGGCAUCAUUAAGUGGGUUGACAACUACUGUCUUUAAGAGGCAGAGUGGUUGUUUAACAAAAUGGAAUUUUAGUUUUUGUUUUACAUAGAGUAAAUCCAUAUUAUCAAUAUCUGUGAAUUUGUGUCCAGAAUCUCAAUUUCCUUUAUUUAAUUUUAGGUCAUUGACAGUAAACUAUAAUAGCCUUCAGGUUCACUGGUAUUAAAUAUUCAACUAUUGAUUAAUCUUGUCAAGUUAACUCCAACCUGAUUGAUUAUGGAUGUGUGAUUGAAUUGUAAAAAUUUUGUUUCAUAUCAAUGUCUAACUUCACAAAAUAGUCUGUUAUCUGUUUGCAUGAGGUUCUGCAGACAGUUGUUUUAUUCAUCUUUUUGACAGGAUAAAAAUAUAUAAUUUUAAUCAUUCAGCUUUUUUGUUUAAACAUCCCUGUUUAGUCAAAUAAUAGACAAAUAAGGAAAUGCAAUGUCUACGUCAAUCACUCCAUUGUUCAUUUGGAUAUUCACCUGUUCAAAUAUGAUUUUUUUUUUUUUUAAAACUUAUUGGUUGUUGUAUAAACACUCUUUUUGAACAAAGGAUAAACCUUGUAGCCCUAUGUUGGCUUUUGCAUGGCCUAUUGGAGAAUAACUACAAGAACAACCUAUUUUUAAACCAUGUAAAUCUGAUCAUUGUAUGUCAUUUUACUCAUUUUUGUUUUAACUGUAAAGGGGAGUUGUUUCAGCCUGUGAUAAGACUGCAAACAUUUUCUCACUUUCCUGUAUGCACGUCACUGUGGUCAAGGUUAAAUGUUUGAUUUAACCUGUAAACAAUAAUGAUGCAGAUAAAGACAUUUCAGUUUGUGGAAAACAGCAGUCUACUUUUGUGAAGUCGGUGAUCAAGUGGAUUCACAAGCAGAAGAUAUCUGCAGCAAACAAUUGCAAAUCUAAAACAUUAGCACAGCAAACUUAAGUUUUAACUGGUACUCUUGAUCAACCAGCAAAAAGGUUUUAUGCCUGAAAUACUGGAAGCUUACAGUAUUAUCACAAUCUCCGCAAUGUCAGAAUAGUCAGCUGAUGGUGCAAGAGAGAAGGCUCUUUAUUUAAGUUUUAUAUAAAGCAAAUUUUAAUUAUUUGUGAUUUAUGCUAUAAAUAGUGGUGUGUAGACCACCUACAAUAUGUUUCUACUUUGUCAACCUUUUGAUCAACUGGCACAUUCCUGGUCCCACGAGUGCCAGUUAAUAAAAGGUUUGCUGUAAUUACUUAGACUGUUCAAAUAAAUGUAAAACUAUUGCCAGGCAUGUUUUUGUGAAGAAGCUCUUAUUGAUAAGAACAAGUAGGUUUUAAUUGAAAACCAAGUAUUUUGGACAAAUUAAAGAUAUUAAAUGCACUUUUGGAGAUACUGCCUUUAUAAUUGCUUAAGUAUAUUGUUUAUAAAGAAUUAUAUUCACUACUAAAA